UCGACACAUUUUUGGACACAAAAACAACAAAACAAACACAAUUCAAUUGAAAGUUUAAACGCAGCACCCUAAGCGCUCAAACCGUCGCGUCCCUCAAUUCCCCCUUCAUUUCUCUUAUGUCUCUCAAUUUCUUAUUUAUUUUCAGUUUUUCCCCUUCCCAAUUCAUCAAACCAAAAGAUCUCCAAUCUCUUCUUUCUCACUUCCCGAUUCUAAUUCUCCUUUCUCUCUCCUAGGGUUUCUCUUCCUGUUCUUCUCUGAAUUCCGUAUCCAGAAUCUCCAGAAUUCGGCGGUUGUGGAGAGAAAGGAGAAACGAAAAUGUCGGCUUCGACGGUGUCGAUAACGGCGAACCCGGCGACUCGCCGGAGAACGGUGGUCGCGGUGGAGAAGAAGUCGAGUGUGGAAUUAGUGGCCGCGGAGCCCCAAUUCAAGGCCGGGGAUGAUAAAUCCGUGGCCGCGAACGGGAGAGAUCUGAGCAAUCACUCGAUCAGAGGCGACGCCGUCUUGGAAAGAUCUUCCAGAGACGCUGUACCGGUCAAGAAAACCGCCGCGAACUCCACCGUGUCGCCGCCGUCGAAUCGCCGGAGCCGUAAGCCCGUCGCGGCACCAAAGCCGCGUUGGCUGACUGUCCUCAGUGUCUUCACGAAGAACUUUGUGCUUCUAGUUCUUCUUGUCGGAUUGGUUCAGAUAGUGAGGAGGCUCGCCUUGCGAUCCAGCGACGGAGGCGGUCCCUUCGCGUUGUCGGACUUCGAGGGAAGGAUUGCGGAAGUGGAAAAGUUCGUCAAGACCACGGCGAAGAUGAUUCAGGUUCAGGUUGAGGUCGUGGAUCGGAAGGUCGAUAGCGAAGUCGGAGGAUUGAGAGAAGUUGGAAAGAAGAUUGAGGAAAAAAGUGUUCUUCUUGAAAGCCAAUUGAAGGAGUUGGAGGCUAAGAGUGAAGGAUUAGAGAGGUCGCUUGGUGAGUUCAAAGAUAUUAAUUGGAUAUCUAAAGAGGAGUUUGACAAAAUCUAUGAAGAACUGAAGAAGGCGAGGAGUGACGAGUUUGGUGUUGAUGAUGGGACGAAUUUGAAUGACAUUAGGGCUUACGCGAGGGAUGUGGUGCUGAAGGAGAUCGAGAGGCAUGCAGCGGAUGGGCUCGCUCGCGCGGAUUACGCUCUUGCAACGGGUGGAGCUAUGGUUGUGAAGCACUCGGAGCCCUUUUUGAAGGGAAAGGGAAAUAAUUGGUUUGGGAAGGGCGCGACAAAUGGGGUUCACAAUGACGCUGAGAAGAUGUUGAAACCGAGUUUUGGAGAGCCGGGACAGUGUUUUCCGUUGAAGGGAAGCAGUGGGUUUGUGGAGAUUAAGCUGAGAACGGCCAUCAUCCCAGAAGCUAUUACUUUGGAACAUGUUGCUAAGAGCGUCGCUUUCGACAGAUCAAGUGCUCCCAAGAACUGCAGAAUCUCUGGAUGGCUGCAAGGGCAGAAUACAGAAUCAACAUCUGAUGCUCUGAGGAUAUUUCUUUUAGCCGAGUUUACUUACGACCUCGAGAAGAGCAAUGCGCAGACUUACAAUGUUUUGGACUCGGCAAGCUCUAGCAUCGUUGAUACAGUCAGGUUUGAUUUCACUUCCAACCAUGGAAGCCCUUCCCAUACUUGCAUUUAUCGCUUGAGGGUGCAUGGACAUGAACCCGAGUCUGUUGCCAUGAUAGCAAUGCAAUCUUGAUGACACUGCUGUAACCCAUCCUUGUAAACUUUUCU